GGCGCGUCGCGUCGCGUGCAGAAGUUUCACACGCGCUCAUGUGACGCGCCGCCUACGGAAGAAGUUUCUUGCAGGGUUUUUCUGUGUUUCAGUGGAGAAACGCUCGCGGACUAGUUCACAAUCGUCCUGAGAAACACAACAGCCUCCAGAGCCAGAAAAACAAGCCCAGGUUCUGCCAGAGACGCUUCUACGUCUUAUUCCAGUCCCGAUGACUCCCUAACCUCAUCCCAUGGAGAAGAAGUCCUGCAGUGUAGUCCUGCAGCAUUCCAGAGGGAUCGGCGGCGUUCCAGUCAUGACCUCCGUCCCGCUGGAAGGAUCCCAGCCUGUGCUGGAGUGGCUGAACGGCCUCCGGCUCGACCAGUACUGCUCGGCGUUCCAGGAGGCUGGGCUGGGAACGCUGUGGGAGUGUCAGGAUUUAACCCCGGCGAAGCUGCAGCGGAUGGGCGUGGCUCUGCCCGGCCACAGGAAGCGGAUUCUCGGCAGCCUGCGCAAGCUCUUCCCCUCGGAGGCGGGGAUGGAGGAAGAUGACGAGCGAGAGGACGAAAGACCCGUCGCCAGAGAGAGGACGAAAUUCAGAGGCAGGGAGACCGAAAACAAGCGGCUGCCUCCCGUCCCCCCGCGGGUCAUGCCCAAUCGACCUCCCGUUCCCUUCACGCCCGGCUCGGUAACCACAGCAACGGCUCCGGAGCUGAAGGAAACGCCCACACCUGCUGAACGAGCCAAGCCCGUCCCCACUCCGAGGCCACGCCCAGAACACCUGCCUCUUAAAGGGCCGGCGCAGCAACUCCAGAAGAGCGAGAGCAAACGAUCCCCUGAUUCCCCCACUCCCUCAUCCUCUUCCUCAUCCUCAUCGGAGCGCUUCCACCUGUACGAGCAGUGUUCGUCUCCCGCUCAGGGAGACACGGGCGCUCCUCCUCUUCCUCCUAAGAGCUACGCUGUGGGCGUCACUAAAGAGCCCACGGUAACCCCUCAGGUCCCGUACAGACCCCCUGUUCCACCUCCUCGUGUGUCCGUCUGCAGCAGGACUACAAUUCCCAGAAGUACGUCAUCCGGAAGCCCGCCUGCUUUCAGCUCUCCUGCGGAUGAUCUCUCGGACACAGAUCGAGUCCCGGACGUUCCACCUCGGAUCAGACCAGCGAAAGAGAGCCAGAAAAGAGACGUCCCACCGCUGCCCCUCAAAAACAAGUUGGAUUCAGGGGAAAGUUCGGAUGAAUAUGACGACCGCGAGCCCUGCAGAGACGCGAAACUCAUAGACAUGGCCAGCAAGAUGUCCUUGAUGGUUCCCAAGGUGACGAAAUCCCGUUACAGCAGCCUGUGCAGCGACGAUGAACUACUGGAUGACGACACCGACUGUUACCAGUCCGUAUCCGUGAAACGGGGAUCAUGGAUUGAUGAUUUCGGUUCGAUCUCCAGCAGUCAGAACAGCAUCUACCUGCCAACCACAGGUUGUGUUAGUGCUUCGCCUCCUCGGGAAGAUUUCGCCUCCACGAGCAUCCCGGUUAUUAAAAUGGGCUGGUUGGACAAGAAUCCUCCUCAAGGGUCUCUGAUCUACCAGCGACGGUGGGUCAAACUGGAUGCUGAAUACUUGAGAUACUUCGACACUGAGAAGGACAUCUACUCAAAGAGGAUCAUACCAACAAUGUCCAUCACCGGCGUGGUCAAUGUGGGCGAUCAGAAGUUUGAAGUCGUGACGCACAAUCGCACUUUCCUGUUCCGAGCCGAGAGCGACUUGGACAGGAACGAGUGGGUGUCCGUGUUGAAGAACUGCGUCAAGACGUAUCAGGCGCGGACGAGUCUGGACAUGACCUUCAACCCCUGCGUGAACUACGAGAUGAAGGGUUACCUGGAGCUGCGCGGCCUGCGCUCCAAACUCUACACGGUGGUGUGUGCGGAUAAAGUCUUCCUCUACAAGAACACUGAGGAUUAUCGUCUGGGAAUCGGAAUCACCUCUAUUGAUAUGAAUGUUGGUAAUGUGAAGGAGAUGGAUCGAAGAGCGUUUGAUCUGACCACACCGUACCGCAUAUUCAGUUUUGUAGCAGAUACAGACCAGCUGAAGGAUCAGUGGGUGGACGCGAUGCGCAACUCCAUCAAAGAGGCCUUGUCCAAUUAUGAAGUGGCCGAGCAGAUCUGGACGGAGCCGUCCAAUCAGAUGUGUGCGGACUGCAGCGCUGCCAAACCCGAGUGGGCGGCCAUCAACCUGGCUGUUGUUUUCUGCAAGCGAUGUGCAGGAGAGCAUCGUGGUCUCGGUCCGAGUAUAUCAAAAGUACGGAGUCUCAAAAUGGACAAGAAGGUUUGGACUGAAGAUCUCAUUCAGCUGUUCCUCACUCUAGGAAACGAACGAGCCAAUCAGUUUUGGGCAGCGAACGUCCCGCCCAGCGAGGCACUGAACCUGAACAGCAGCAGCGAAGAGAGACGCCGCUUCAUCACAGCAAAAUACCGCGAGGGCAAGUACCGCAGAUAUCACCCGCUGUUCGGCAACCAGAGAGAGCUCAAUAACGCGUUGUGCAUCAACGUUCAGUCCAGCGAUGUGUGCGAGACGCUGGCUCUGGUGUUCUGCGGCGCUGAUGUGAGCUGUGACACCGGCGACCCCGAUCUGCCCUCCCCGAUCGCCCUUGCCCAACACCACGGACAGAAGCUGCAGGUGGAGUUCCUGAGCCAGAACCGCAACACAGAACUCCCAAGGUCAGAGGUGAAGGUUGCCAUCGAUACGGUGCACUACAUGGCCCCGCCCUCCAUCACACAUAAUGGAUUCCUAUUUAAGACCGCCUCCAUGGCUCGACCAAUCACAGAGAAGAAGGGAAAAGAAGAGUUCAGCCGGCGCUGGUGUGUGCUGAACGACGGGAAUUUUAGCUACUAUGAAAGUGACAAAAACGCUACGCCGAACGGAGGGCUGAAGAUGAAGGAGAUCGUCUGUCUGGCCGUCAACCCUCCCGAGACUCAUGGGUACGAUCACACCUUUGAGCUGUACUCGGACGCCGAGCGCUUGUAUCUGUUCGGCACUGAUCAUCCGGAGUCCAUGCGGGAGUGGGUCAAAUCCAUCGCUAAGUCGUUCAUUCCCUCGGGGGCGGAGGAUCUGCUGCUGAAGGAGUUCGAGCGCAUCGGCCGGCUGCGGUACAAGGACCGGCUGAACCGGGAGAUGUCGAGGCUGGGCUGGUUCUGUCUGGUGGGGUCCAGUCUGCACAUCCGGCUGGAAGAGAGCAGCGCCGACGAGACCAUCGACCUGCAGAAGCUCCAGGAGCUCUCGAUCCAGCCGGAGAAUGAGGUUCUGGUUCUGGUGGAGCGAGGCAGGACGCUGUACAUCGAGGGCGAGAGGAAGCUGGAUUUCCUGGGCUGGGCGGCAGCGAUCCAGAGGGCUGCUGGGAGUUCUGGAGACACGCUGAGUCAGCAGCAGCUGACGGAGGCCGAUAUCCCCGUGAUCGUGGAGCGCUGCAUUCAUUUCAUCACGCAAUACGGUCUGACCUCAGAGGGAAUCUACCGUAAGAGUGGCGUGAACAGUAAGAUCGCCGCCCUGCUGGAGGAGUUCAGACGCGACGCCAGAUGUGUGUGGCUGAAGGAAGGUGAACAUCAGGUGGACGACGUCUCCAACGUCCUCAAGCGCUUCUUCAGAGACAUCGAGGAGGGCCUGUUUGGCCAGGAGGCGCACAGCUGGCUCAGCACUACAGGUGUUUCAGACGAGAGCAGUCGUAUCUGUCAGUACCAGCUUCUGUACAGUAAUCUUCCGCGAGUGAAUCAGGCGACACUACGAGCGCUGGUUAAUCAUCUAUACUGUGUCCAGAGGUUUGCAGAUCUCAAUCAAAUGAAUCUUCAUAAUCUGGCCAUCGUGUUCGGACCCACCCUCUUCCAGGCGGACGGGAAGGACUACAGCGCCGGUCGGGUCAUCGAGGAUCUCAUCCAACACUAUGUCACUAUAUUCGAUGUGAACGAGCAGCAGCUGAAGAAGCAGUUAGAUGAGAUCACAUACAUCAUAAAGCUCAGAGACAAUCUCACGCCUAAAGCUGGAACGGGAAGUGGUGAUUUUAUCUGUACAGUUUACCUGGAGGAGAAGAAGGAAACAGCCGAACAGCAUGUAAAGAUUCCCGCCGCAAUGACGGCAGCAGAACUGACGUUUGAGAUUCUGGACAGACGGAAAAUCAGCGUGAAGGAGAAGGACUACUGGUGCUGCUUUGAGGUGAACGAGAAAGAAGAGACGGAGCGCCCGCUGCACUAUCAGGAGAGAGUUCUGCCCAUCUUCCAUUCCCUCGGCACAGACAGUCACCUGCUGGUGAAGAAGCACUUCUCCAUGGAGGCCAUGCUGGUCUACCUGGCCAGUAAAGUGGAGGUGUCCAAACACGGCAUGAUGAAGUUCAGAGAGGAGAGGAGUCUGCUGGGAUUGGGUUUGACCACCGGCAGCUUCAAUGACCGAUACUUCAUCCUGACCAGCACCUCGCUCAGACUCUAUAAAGAAAUCAGGAAUCUGCAAAAGCUGCAAAGCCCAGAGCUGCAGUGUAGUAACCGUCCAGAGAGAGAAUGGCCCGUCAAGUGUCUGAAAGUCUAUCACGGCAUUAAAAAGAAGCUCCGCCCACCCACAUGUUGGGGUCUUACAGUCAUCUAUGAAAGUGAGAAACAGGAGAAGCAGGAGCGACAGCAGUGGUACCUGUGCUGCGACACACAGAAUGAAAUGAGGGAAUGGUUCGCUACGUUCAUGAGCAUACAGAACGGAGGGCGCGUGUGGCCGGCGGAGUGGCUGAAAUCUCGCGCCACGAGUCGUUCGGCGCCCCUGGAUGCUCGUUUUGGUAACGUGUCUCUGAUUCCUCUGCGCGGCAGUGAGAACGAGAUGAGGAAUAGUGUCGCCGCUUUCACAGCCGAUCCUCUCGCCCUCUUCAGAAAUGUUUGACGAAGUGAGCGGCGUUCAGGAACGGAAGGCGCCACAGUCUCGUCGACGGCGAUCGAUCGCCCGGAUCUGGACCGGUUCGGACCCUGCAGAUGCUGACGUUCCUCCGGUACCUGAGCGUUUGAUGUUCAAGUAGUCUCACACGCACUUUGACCUUUCACAGCGCUGUCACUGGUUUAAUGGAUCACUCUCUCCUGAGACGCACAUUCUGGGAUAUCGGACUGUUACCGGACUUGUUUUCACGUGGGUCACAUGAUCUGGAAGGACGGGAUGGAUUUGUGUGUGUGUUUUUUUUUAAGUGUGUUCAGAGACUUUGGGGUCACAUGUGGAGUUUGAUCAGUGUGAACGCGACUCGUGUAUGACUUCUGUUUAAUAUUCACCCUUUUACAGACUUUAUAAAUUAUUUUAGCCACGUGUUUUAAUGUCAAUCAAACAGAAAUGAAUCACAUCAUACUUUAAAGGUCACGGAUCAGUCCAUGUGUGUGAGUGAGUGUGUGUGUGUGUGUGUGUGUGUGUGUAUCCGAGUACUUCAUGCGUCUGUUUCAUAUUGAAUCCUGUAGAAAAUGAAGUGAUGAUGUUUUAUUGAUACUGAUGUAAAAUAACUUUUUUCAUUUGAUUAGCCUUUAUAAUUUAAUCAUGACGUUUCUCACAUUUAGCAUUCCAUAUGAGACUGAUUUUUAUGUUUUAAUAAGAGAAAAAUGUAAAAUCACAUUCGUUUAGUUUACACACACACUGGGACUCGUUAAUGAAUCUGAUGUGUUUAAUGAAUGAAGCUCGUUUUAUCUGAUCACGUGAUUCCAUUCAAUUAGUGUCUCAUUUUGAGAGUUUCAUGUGGAAUUAAAUCAGAGGUUUGCACAGUUAUUUCCCAUCAGAUGUGUUCAUUUAGUGAGCAGACACUCAUUAGUGUUUUAACUGCUAAAAAUGAAGACUUGUGUUGAAGUUGAAGUAUUACACAUUCAUCCAUCAGUCGUUAAUCAGACGAGACAUCUGCAAAAUAUAGAUUAGUUUACAUGUUCGCCUGAAAUGAUCAUUUACUGAUACCACUUUUUCUUUCGUCUGUGGAACAUGAAGAUAUUUUGUGUCUGUAUGAAAGUCAGUGUUGUUUUGGACCCUGUUGACUUUCAGUAUAUGGACGGAACAUGUCUUUGUUUUCCAUGUGGAAGAAGUUAAUUUCAUUUUUAGGUGAACUAUUCCUUUAAAACAGGGUGUUUAGUGUCGAAUUAAAUGAUUAUUUUGACAUUAGCAUGUUGAGAUUUUACCUGCUUUUGAUUCAAUCUUUGUAUAUAUUUUGUUUUGCUUGUUAAAUUUGAUCAAUGUGUAAAAAUAUCAUAAUUCUCAAUGUUUACAGUGUUUGUGUGAUGACUCAAAAUGAUGACUGAUUUUGCGUGUUUGAUUAUGUGAAAAUUACAGCACACAUAAGAUUUGAGAAAAA